AUUAUAUUAUAUUAAAAAUUAUAUUACUACGGAAGAGAGAUAGCUCGCAAUAAAUAAUACAUUUUAAACGUAAUUUAAGGAAUAUCGGAGGAAAAAAACAAAUCACAGCCAAGAUGAGUUUCUUUGGAAAAAUGUUCGGUGGCAAAAAGGAACAGGCGCCAACAACUGGCGAGGCCAUACAAAAGUUGCGUGAGACCGAAAAUAUGCUGAUCAAAAAACAAGAGUUUCUAGAAACGAAAAUCGAAGAGGAAUUGAAUAUAGCUAGAAAGAAUGCUUCCAAAAACAAAAGAGUGGCCUUACAAGCUCUGAAAAAGAAGAAACGCUUAGAAAAGCAAUUGCAACAAAUCGAUGGCACCCUAUCGACAAUUGAAAUGCAGCGUGAGGCAUUGGAAAGUGCCAACACAAAUACUGCUGUAUUGACAACAAUGAAGAAUGCCGCAGAUGCCCUCAAAGCAGCCCAUCAAAAUAUGGAUGUCGACAAGGUUCACGAUAUGAUGGACGAUAUUGCCGAACAACAAGAUGUGGCUCGUGAAAUUUCUGAUGCUAUUUCAAAUCCAGUGGCCUUUGGUGCUGAUAUUGAUGACGAAGAUUUGGAACGCGAAUUAGAUGAAUUAGAACAAGAGAACUUUGAUAAGGAAAUUAUUGGCAUACCCGAACCAUCUGCCACAUUACCCGAAGUUCCUGACGAAGAUGUUAGCGAAAAAGCCAAAGAAAAGAAAAAAGCCACAACAACAACAAAUGCCACAGCAGCCAGUGCAGCCGAAGAUGACGAUCCUGAUAUGAAACAAUUAUUGGCAUGGGCUAACUAAGGAAAACACACACACAUAGAGUAACGAUUGAUAUCUCAUCUAAAAGACCACUGGUCAGAGGUCGUUAACAAAACAAAGUUUUAUUUUUGUAUUAAGCCUAUAUAUAAUUAUAUCAUACAAGGAAAACAUAAACAAGUUGCAAGUAAUUUAACGUAAACACAUAAUUUGGCAUACAUUAAAUAUAGUAUUUAUCAGCAGCAUUCACUGCAAGUCAUAUGGUUUUUUUUUUUGAUUUUUAAAAUCAUUGGGAGAUUUUCAAAGAAUUUUAAUGAUUGCCAGCUACAGUGGUUUAGUUAAUAAUAUUAUCGUCUACAAAUCAAUGUAUUUUAAUGCUCGUUGUAUAUCACCUCUAUUUAGUUUAUCCUGUGUUCUUUUUCACAUCUGUGUCUAGCAAUGCGCUCCGAACUAAUCAUAUUUCAUUAGUUUUUUUUAACAAACAAAAACAACGCAAAAUUUAUAAGAAAACACAUUUAUAUAUUCAAAUUACGAAUUUGUGAAAAUAAAUGAUUAAAUGAAUGAAAUAAAAA